AUGAAAGAGUAUGAACCACCUAGUGAAGAGUCUCUUAUCAACAACAUAUUACCAAGCUAUGACAUGUUCAAGAGUACAAUUUCUCUUGAACUAGAACCACGAGACGAAAACUACACUGUCGACCCGCCAUCAUAUGAGGAUCAUACGAUGACGCCGGUCAUGUCUGCAAGAGAGUCUGAAAAUUUAGAUACUGAAAUCCUUGUUGAGGAUUAUCCUAAUAAUAGUGUAAAUGUUUUAAAUGACACAAUCUUAUCAAAUUUGGAUAGACUACCAAAGUUGGAUAGUGAUGGUCUUGAGGUUGGUAUAACGUUUACUGAAACCGUGGGCCAAGUUGGGAUUAAGCUGGCGAUAAUUGACCCCACCGCAAAGGAGUUUAAGCAAGGCGAUUUCAUUCACGGUUAUGUUACCAUCAAGAAUACCACAAAGCUGCCAAUAAAGUUUGACAUGGUUUAUGUCCUCUUUGAGGGUGUAUCAGCUUUGAACGAAAUCGACAAUUCUAGGAAUCACAACUUUCUCACAAUGGUGGAUCUAUUUGCAUCAUGGAGUUACGCAAAUAUUGACAGAUUGGUAACCGACAAGGGAGACCCCCACGAUUGGUGUCCAGGAGAAAUCGACCCGUUAGACGGUACUUCCCUUUCCAUCGAUGCAAGAAGACUUUUUCAACCGGGGGUUACCUACAAGAGAUUCUUUACAUUUAAGGUUCCUCUAAAGCUAUUGGACGACACUUGUGAAAAGAGCUUGCCGCUGCAUGUUGAGCUAUGUCCUACAUUUGGGUUGAAUAGAGAAAGUAUUCCAGCUAGUUUGGCACUAGGGUCUGAUCACGUGAGGGAUUUGGCAAUGGUUAAUUGUUACAUCUCUUACAGCGUGUCAGCAACCAUCGUUGGCAGAGCAACAAGUUUUGAUCUCGAUGUGGUCAAUGACAGGUAUAUAGUUGCAAAAAGAGAUAAGGCGCCAAUUAGGUUAAUUCCAGACCUGGCAUACUUUGAUUAUGAUGCAAAUACGCGCUACCGUGCCUUUGUUCACACAAUUGAAGAGCUAUUAUGCCCCACCUUGAAUCCAGUCAUUAGUCAAGAAACACUAAAAGUGAAGCAGUUGUACAGCCAGAAAGCUUUUGAAAAGAGUGGCUACUAUCAAUGCGUUCAACCGUUCAGGAAGAAAACUUUAACCGGUUCAUCUAGUACUGGAUUGAUUGCAUUAUCUUCAAAAAAAGAUUGGUAUCGCAUAAAGUACACCCCUCCAAACCAUGGAUUCAAAUCAGAACUUACCAUUCCGGUCGAAGUUCGCUAUUCAGGGCCUCUGCAGAAAGUAGAAAUCAAAAAGGUUGAUGUUGAAUUAGUUGCAAUGACCAUACAGUCGAAGCUGCACCCUAUUCCAAUUGAGUUUACGAAAGAAAUGUUGUUCAACGACCAAGAAGUUCUCUCCAAACCAACAACAAGCAAUUUUGACUCACUUGUGGUUACCAAAUUCUACAACUAUCUCCAGAAAUUGAACAAAGCUGUUAAAAAUGGAGCCAAGAUCGAAUAUCAGAUAUACAAGGACGUUAAAACUUUGGCUUCGCUUAGCACAAAAUACAUCAAUUUAACAGUUCCAAAUGCAUUCUACCGUGACAACAGAAAAGCGAAGCUUAGUGAUAUACCAUGGGAAGAAGAAGAGAGUGAUCUUGUCAAGAAGUUUUCAAUUGGAGCUGACCUAGGAAAAUGCAGUUUGAAAGGAGUGAAUCGUGUCAUUAGUGGGUUAGACAAAAUUACUCUAGUCCCUAGCUUUCAAAGCUGCUACAUCAGUCGGAUGUAUUAUUUAAAGGUAGGAAUCAAGACCAAUGGCGCAAAUCUUUCAUUGAGUCUUCCGCUUCGUAUAGAGCGGUAA